AUAAUGAAUAAUAUAAAUAAUGAAAUCCACACAAGUAGACAAGUUGGUAUCUUCCAACAACACUCAGAGAUUACGAAAGAAUUCGAAGGACAGAGAGAAGAGGAAAUCCCAGACUGGCUCGUCAGAAAACAAUUCUAAUGAUAAGAACUCUCCCACCAAAGACGCCAAACAAUAUGCAGGAAUCAGUUCAGAAUCAAUUUUCACUUAUGCUGAACAGUCCUCAUAUGAACACUUAUCUGAUGAAGUUUGUGAUACUCUUGCAGAGGAUAUCAACUACAAACUGCGCUACAUAAUACAUGAUGCUUUGACAAAGGCAAGGCUUUGUGGAAGAGAUGCCAUUUCAUCAACAGAUAUAGAGGAAACAUUCAAAAAUUUGUCCAUUGAGAAAGUUUAUGGAGCUCCUAAUGCUCCAAACUGGGUGCAUUCUGGUGAUUUUGGUGAUCAAAGUUUCUUAUAUCUAAAUGACACCAAAGUGAAUCUCAUAGAAAUAGCAGAAAAUGAAAGUGCUUAUUGUCAGCAUAAAUCCAUUUCCUUGACAAAAAAAUGGCUGCCUGACCCAGAACUAUUGCAACCCAGCCAGCUACUCAAAAACUACUUCACCACCAUUUGUCAUACUGUGAUAAGUGAGGAUGUAGAACUAAGACAAAUGGCAUUGAGAGAUAUUAGUGAAAAUCCAAGAAUAGGGCCCAUAAUAGAAUGGUUCUACCACUUUGCCUAUUUUCUGCUCAUCAAAAAUGUUACUUAUGAUUGCCUGACAGAUUAUGCUUUGGACUUGGUGGAAACACUAGAGAAUAGUCCAUUGGGAUUCUCCAAUGUGUCUGAGGUUCAGAUAAAAUUGCUGGUGAGGCUACUGCUGCAAAGAUUAUUGUUGUUUCACACAUCAAAGGAUGUAUUGAAGAACAUGUGUUCAGUUUUGGCAGUUAUCUGUCUGAGGGCCCCCUUGAGGCACAUGGCCAUUGCUAAAAUCAGUCAAAAAUUGAGGGGGAUUGAAGGAGAGAGGAUGUUGGCCAUACUGACUACAAUAUAUUAUCUUGGAAUUGAUGCAGUCAGGGAGGUGUUUCUACCUAAUAUCAAGUAUUUUUUAGAGGCGGUUGUUGAAAAAUAUGAUCCAGAUCUGGUUUAUGUUACUUUGGCUAUUUAUGGUCUGUUGUGUAAAGCAGAUUACAAUGACAACUAUAUUCACAAGCAUUUUGAUGAGGCAGUUGGAAAUUCUCUUGUGAUGUUUUGGAAACCCAUCUACUCCAAAAUUGAUAAAGAAAAGCUUGAAGUGAACUUCAUUGGCAUGAAGACACAACUCAUCAAAACCAGAAGGAAAUUAGACUGUUGGGUGAACCUUCCUCAUGCAGAAAGUUUUGUUGAUGAAGUUUUUGAUAUACCUAAACAUGAAUGUAGAGUAAGAACGAUUAUAUUAGAAAAUUGUGUAGCUUCCAAAGGUUCCAUUAAUGAAAGCUUUGUAACUGUAGGCAAAACUGACUUGUUAUUUAAUAAGAAAAAAUACAGGGCACCCACAAAAUGUUGUGAUCACUCAUUUUUAUCUUAUAAUUUUUAAUAAAUGAAGG